AUAUUGUGUUUAAAAUGAAAUUUACAAACAAAGAAGCACAUUGAAUUAAAAAGAACUAAAUAAUAACAAUGAAAAUUAAAUUUCAAUAAAAAAGUCCGCGAACGAAUAUGAGGUAUAAACAGUAAAUCUAAACAAAACAAAAAUAAUGACUUCAGAUAGUUUGAACAGAUUGUACAAUUGCACUGCAAAAAUACUCGAUCAAAACCUAACAAUAUUACAAGAAUUAAAUCGUAGUGAAUUGUUAUCAGUCCUCGACCAAGUGUUAAGCUCUGACAGUCGUAAUUUACUACGCGUUAAUUUCACCGACUGUUUAUUUACUGGGCAAGAACGUCCCUUCGAUUUGCCGUGGUGGCAAAAAUUGUCAUGGUCCUGUGUUUUCGCAAUCAUGCUGAUCGUUGCGACAGGCGGAAAUAUUAUAGUCAUGUGGAUUGUACUAGCGCACAGAAGAAUGCGGACUGUUACCAAUUACCUGCUCGUUAACUUAUCAAUCGCGGACCUGAUGAUGGCUAUUUUAAAUUGCGUGUUCAAUUUCAUCUUUAUGCUCAAUUCAAACUGGCCGUUUGGAGUUACUUAUUGUACUGUUAAUAAUUUCGUAGCAAAUGUCACUGUUGCCUCUAGCACUUUUACUCUAGUCGUCAUUUCUUUCGACCGAUAUAUGGCAAUCAUGAGACCGCUGCAACAUCACAUGUCACGUAAGCGUACAACAGUAGCACUAGUUUUAAUUUGGUUAGCUUCUGCAUUACUUGCGAUGCCAUGUCUACUCUACUCGACCACAAUGACUCGAAGAUAUUCCAACGGCAAAUCGAGAAUUGUUUGCUACAUGUUAUGGCCGGAUGGAGAUUACCUGAAUAGUAGAAGUGAAUACAUAUACAAUUUGAUAUUUCUUGGUGUGACAUACCUGAUACCAAUGAUUGUGAUGGCUAUCUGUUACACCCUUAUGGGACGCGAAUUGUGGGGAAUUAAAUCGAUUGGUGAACACACGGAGCAUCAAAAAUAUUCAAUGAAAUCCAAACGAAAGGUCGUAAAAAUGUUCAUAAUUGUAGUGACAAUAUUUGGAGUAUGCUGGCUGCCCUACCAUGGAUUUUUCAUAUUUCUUUAUCACUACCGAAGCGUAAUGGCCAGCAGCUAUGUACAACAUGUAUAUUUGAGUUUUUACUGGCUUGCCAUGUCAAACGCGGUAGUUAAUCCAAUUAUUUAUUAUUGGAUGAACAACAGAUUUCGAGUGUAUUUUCAACAAAUUAUUUGCAAUUGCUGCUGUUUACUGGGCUACUCAGACUCGGAAAACUGUCAGAUGCAAGAGAUGACAAGACUGAGACACUCUGAUACUGUGCGCUCACAAUCAGGUCGAUUCAAAUCAAUGUCGAUACGUUGGCGACACAGCACCGCUGAGAGCCAUCUCCAGACAUUAAGAAUGAAUUCACGGUCAAUAUGUGACAAGAACCAUUUACACCCAGGCACCACUAAUAUCUGAGUGGUCCAAUAUGCUCUGACGGCGAACCCUCGCUCGUAUUUUUAAAUUUAAGUUCCAACUUUCUCUACCUCGAAUUUUCCCUCAACUUUCCUAACCUAUAUUCUUCCAACACAAAAAAUAAAACUGUAACUUUCAUCUUCAACUUUUCACGUCAAUUGAAACUCCAAGUUAUUACCAUGGAAGUACUUCCUCGCCACUGCUCCAUGUUUUUAUUCAUAUAAUUGUAUAAAAGUGUACAUAGUUUUAUUUCAUAAACAUACUCGUUAAUAAAUUAAAUUUAU